CUAUGCCCGGCCUCUCCAGCUGCAGGCUCUUCCGAGUGACUCUCGCCGGCGCCUUCCAGCACUGCGGGCGCAGCGCCGGCUUCCGCGCUGCCGGGACCGUCCCGCGCCCCCUGGCUCCGGGUUUUCUUAAAUGUUUUCUCGGAGCCUUAAAGAUGGAAAUGACCGACAUGACUGGCAUGUCACUGAAACGUGGGUCCGUUGUUGUUGAAGAUAAUGACAGCAGGGCCUCAGCUGAGGAAACAAAAAAACAAAAGAUCUCAGAAUGCAGUCCAACCAAAAGUCUUGAUGGGCUAGGGAAAGACUCUCUGCCCAGCAGUGAAGAUGUGCCUGGGGCUCUUAAAGCUGUAAGUGCUGAGAAAGAUGAAAAGAAUUCUGAGGCUCAAUUGGAAGAAGAGGAGGAGGAAGAAGAUACCCUAUCAGAGGAUGAAGAAGCAGAGAGCUUUGCAGACAUGAUGAAGCACGGACUCACCGAACUUGAUGUGGGCAUCACCAAGUUCGUAAGUCCCCAUCAAGGGUUCUCAGGAAUCUUAAAAGAAAGGUUUGUUAUUGAGGACACCAAAGAGAAAAGAACUGUCAUCCAUCAAGCUAUCAAAUCUCUGUUUCCAGGAUUAGAAACAAAAACAGAAGAUCGAGAGGGGAAGAAAUACAUCGUAGCCUACCAUGCAGCUGGAAGAAAGGCUUUGGCAAAUCCAAGAAAACAUUCUUGGCCAAAAUCUAGGGGAAGUUACUGCCACUUUGUACUGUACAAGGAAAACAAAGACACCAUGGAUGCUAUUAAUGUACUCUCCAAAUAUUUAAGAGUCAAGCCAAAUAUAUUCUCCUACAUGGGAACCAAAGAUAAAAGGGCUAUAACAGUUCAAGAGAUUGCUGUUCUCAAAAUAACUGCACAAAGACUUGCCCACCUGAAUAAGUGCUUGAUGAACUUUAAGCUAGGGAAUUUCAGCUAUCAGAAAAACCCUCUGAAAUUGGGAGAACUUCAAGGAAAUCACUUCACUGUUGUUCUCAGGUAAAGUACUACAGGUAGGAAUGCAGACCAGGAAGGGUCUGCCCAGGUCACCUGGAGUCAGUCUGUGUCAGUUGUUAACAAGGUCCAGGUUAGCUGUUUUUCCUUCCCAGCUGAAAAGGGGUACCUGGUUAAAUGCAGAGAAGAAUGGGCGAAGACUAAAGACCCAGCUGCUGCCCUCAGAAAACUACCUGUCAAAAGGUGUGUGGAAGGGCAGCUGCUUCGAGGACUUUCAAAAUAUGGAAUGAAGAAUAUAGUCUCUGCAUUUGGCAUAAAGAUUGAGCUCAUGAAAAUAUUGUCCCUUUCCUUAAUUUUUCUUCAUUUAUUGUUUACUUACAAAUUUGCAGCCACAGCCACCUAUAUUGAGGAAGAAGAUGUUAAUAAUUACUCCAUCCAUGAUGUGGUAAUGCCCUUGCCUGGUUUCGAUGUUAUCUACCCAAAGCAUAAAAUUAGAGAUGCCUACAGAGAAAUGCUAACAGCAGACAAUCUUGAUAUUGACAACAUGAGACACAAAAUUCGAGAUUAUUCCUUAUCAGGGGCCUACCGAAAGAUCAUUAUUCGUCCUCAGAAUGUUAGCUGGGAAGUUGUUGCAUAUGAUGAUCCCAAAAUUCCACUUUUCAACACAGAUUUAGACAAUCUAGAAGGGAAACCACCACCAGUUUUUGCUUCUGAAGGCAAAUACAGAGCUCUGAAAAUGGAUUUUUCUCUUCCUCCUUCUACUUAUGCUACCAUGGCCAUUCGAGAAGUGCUAAAAAUGGAUACCAGCAUCAAGAACCAGACCCAGCUGAAUACAACCUGGCUCCGCUGACUAGUACCUGGUCCACAGAUCAGAAAAUGCAGACAAGUGUUUGCUUACUGGCUUCCUAUUCAUUUUUUUCUUAGUACAGACCUGUCUGUCGAUUUUGGAUCUUUGUAGUGAAAGAUUAUUUGUAUUUUU